AUGAAGACCUUCGCGCUCACAGUCCUGCUCCUCGGGACGGCCUACGGGGCCGCGGCCGUUAAGCCCGGCGAGUGGUGGGUGUACCCCUUCCUCAGCACCGCGGUGGACCACCAGAAGAGGGUGCUGCAGGUGGAGGGCGAUGGCCGUCUCGGCGCAGACAUGUUCUGCAAGUCCAAGGGCUACUUGAAGUCUGGUGACUUCCUGGAGCUGGAGGAGGCCGGCAACAUCUGGCCCAUCGGCACCACCAACCUCGCCAACGACCAGUUCUGGACUGGCGCCAACGCGACUGCCUACCUCUACAUCACCUGCCUGUCCCUGGAGACCCAGAGCCCCAGCAUUGGCCAGGGCGAGAACGGCAACAUUGGCUACAAGAACACUGGCAUCAACAACAUCGGCAACUACAACAGCGGCGAAGCAAAUGUUGGCAACCACAACGCUGGUGACUUCAACAUGGGCGAUGGCCAGCAUAGCGCACGGUAUGUCCCGCGACGCGCGGCUCGAAGCCGUGGCCACCCGACGCGCUGCACGGCCGAGGUGAGGGCCCGCCCCUCCGCCAAUGGCGCGCAACCCAUGACCGCCUUCGACUUCCGGCAGUACAUGCAGCAGCGCGCCGCGCUGGUGGACGCAGCGCUGGACCUGGCAGUGCCGCUGCAGUACCCCGAGAAGAUCAACGAGGCCAUGCGGUACAGCCUGCUGGCCGGGGGCAAGCGCGUGCGCCCCGCGCUCUGCCUCGCUGCCUGCGAGCUCGUGGGCGGCCCCCUGGAGGCGGCCAUGCCCGCCGCCUGUGCCAUGGAGAUGAUCCACACCAUGAGCCUCAUCCACGACGACCUCCCCGCCAUGGACAACGACGACUUCCGGCGCGGCCAGCCCGCCAACCACAAGGCCUAUGGCGAGGAGAUUGCAAUCCUGGCGGGCGACGCGCUGCUGUCGCUGAGCUUUGAGCACAUUGCGCGCGAGACGCGAGGCGUGGACCCGGUGCGCGUCCUGGCCGCCAUCUCGGAGGUGGGGCGCGCGGUGGGCAGCCGCGGGCUGGUGGCGGGGCAGGUGGUGGACCUGGGUUCCGAGGGCGGCGGCGUGGGGCUGGCCACGCUGCGCUACAUCCACGAGCACAAGACCGCGGCGCUGCUGGAGGCGGCGGUGGUGUCCGGCGCGCUGCUGGGCGGCGCGGAGGAGGCGGACCUGGAGCGCCUGCGCACCUACAGCCGCGCCAUUGGCCUCGCUUUCCAGGUGGUGGACGACAUCCUGGACAUCACGGGGACCAGCGAGGAGCUGGGCAAGACCGCGGGCAAGGACCUGAGCUCCGCCAAGACCACCUACCCGUCCCUGGUGGGGCUGGCCAGGUCCAGAGAGAUUGCGGACGAGCUGAUCGAGGACGCAAAAGCCCAGCUCACGCAGUACGAGCCGGCCCGAGCGGCGCCCCUCGUAGCCCUGGCCGAAUACAUUCGAAACCGGAAGAACUGA